AUGUCGGGCACCCGGGCGGCAACGGCGGCCGCGGCCUCCAACGACCACCGCGCCCCUCACCCGGCCGGGGCCGCCGUGGGGCUGAAGCGGCUGCGGAGCGAGCCCGGCGGCAACCGGGUGACGGUGGUGCUGGGCGCGCAGUGGGGGGACGAAGGCAAAGGCAAGGUGGUGGACCUGCUGGCCACCGAGGCCGACGUCGUCUGCAGGUGCCAGGGUGGAAAUAAUGCGGGCCAUACAGUGGUGGUUGAUGGAAAAGAAUAUGAUUUUCACCUUUUUCCUAGUGGCAUCAUCAAUCCAAAAGCAAUUUCUUUCAUUGGUAAUGGGGUAGUUAUACAUUUACCGGGCUUGUUCGAAGAAGCUGAAAAAAAUGAGAAAAAAGGUUUAAGAGAUUGGGAGAAAAGACUGAUCAUAUCCGACAGAGCACAUAUUGUGUUUGAUUUUCACCAGGCAGUUGAUGGACUUCAAGAAGUUCAGCGGCAAGCACAAGAGGGGAAAAAUAUUGGCACAACAAAGAAGGGAAUUGGACCAACGUAUUCUUCCAAAGCUGCACGGACGGGGCUUCGGGUCUGCGACCUUCUCUCAGACUUUGACGAAUUUUCUUCAAGAUUCAAGAAUCUGGCUCACCAGUACAAGUCAAUGUUUCCUUCUUUAGAAGUUGACGCAGAGGGACAGCUGCGGAAACUAAAGGGGUACGCUGAAAAAAUAAGACCCAUGGUCCGAGACGGGGUUUAUUUUAUGUACGAAGCGCUGCACGGCUCCCCGAAGAAAAUCCUCGUGGAAGGGGCCAAUGCAGCUCUGCUGGACAUCGAUUUUGGCACGUACCCUUUUGUGACCUCUUCCAACUGCACUGUGGGCGGCGUGUGUACCGGACUCGGUAUCCCUCCUCAGUAUAUCGGAGAGGUGUACGGUGUAGUGAAGGCCUACACAACGAGAGUGGGAAUUGGAGCCUUUCCCACGGAACAGAUAAAUGAAAUUGGAGACCUCCUGCAGUCUCGAGGCCACGAAUGGGGAGUGACCACAGGCAGGAAGAGGCGCUGUGGCUGGCUAGACCUUGUCAUUUUGAGAUAUGCUCAUAUGAUCAACGGAUUCACAGCUCUGGCAUUAACCAAGCUGGAUAUUCUGGACGUCCUCGACGAGAUCAAAGUUGGUGUUGCUUACAAGCUGGGAGGGAAAAGGAUUCCGUAUUUUCCAGCUAACCAAGAAAUACUGCAGAAAGUGGAGGUGGAGUACGAAACUAUGCCAGGGUGGAAGAUGGACACAACUAAUGUCAGAAAAUGGGAGGAUCUCCCACCCAAGGCACAAAAUUACAUUCGGUUUGUGGAAAACCACGUUGGAGUGGCAGUGAAGUGGGUCGGAGUUGGAAAAUCAAGAGAGUCGAUGAUCCAGCUCUUCUAAAUGAACAAAGAACUUUGAUGAGAAGCUGUUUUUAAGCAUUCUUCUGCUCCUUCUGACUUCCAAGCAGAAAUGAAGAGGCUGUUAAAACCGAAGCAUUAUUUUUAGAUUUUGGUUAGACAUCUCUUGUAUUUUC